AUGGCCCCCUCGGCCUGGGCCAUCUGCUGCCUCCUGGGACAUCUCUUGCUCUGUGGGGGCAGCCCUGGCCCCAGCCUGCCCCGCCUACGGCUCUCCUACCGAGACCUCCUGUCUACCAACCGCUCUGUCCCCUUCUUGGGUCCUGGGGGCCUCCUGGACUUUCAGGCCCUGUUCCUGGAUGAGGACCGAGAUGGCCUCUUCGUGGGGGGCCGCGACGCUGUCUACUCUGUGGGGCUGAGUCAAGCAUGGCCGAAAUACUGGGAGGUUCGGUGGCCACCGCAGGCAGGACAGAGAGAGGAGUGUGUCCGCAAGGGAAGGGACCCUUUGACCGAGUGUGCCAAUUUCGUGCGAGUACUGAAGCCACAUAAUCGAACCCACCUGCUGGCCUGUGGAACAGGAGCCUUUCAGCCAAUCUGUGCCCUCAUUGCAGUGGGGCACCGUGGGGAGCACGUGCUGCACCUAGAGGCUGGCACGGUGCAGAGCGGGCGAGGCCGGUGCCCGCACGAGCCCAGUCGGCCCUUUGCCAGCACCUUUGUAGGAGAGGAGUUGUACACAGGCCUCAUCGCUGACUUCCUGGGGCGCGAACCUAUGAUCUUCCGGAAUGGUGGACCCCGGCCAGCCCUGCGUUCUGACUCUGACCAGAACGUCCUGCACGACCCUCAGUUUGUGUCAGCCGUGCGGAUCCCUGACAACUCCGACCACGACAAUGACAAGGUGUACUUCUUCUUCUCGGAGACUAUUCCUUCACCCGAUGGUGGCCCAGGCCACGUCACCGUCAGCCGCGUGGGCCGAAUCUGUGUGAAUGAUGCUGGCGGUCAGCGGGUGCUGGUGAACAAAUGGAGCACUUUUCUAAAAGCCAGGCUGGUCUGCUCUGUGCCAGGCCCCGGUGGUGCUGAGACCCACUUCAACCAGCUGGAGGAUGUGUUCCUCCUGUGGCCCAAGACGGGGAAGAAUCCGGAGGUGUAUGCGCUGUUCAGCACAGUCAGCACUGUGUUCCAGGGCUUCGCCGUCUGCAUGUACCACAUGGCUGAUAUCUGGGAGGUCUUCAACGGACCCUUUGCCCACCGGGAUGGUCCCCAGCACCAGUGGGGUCCCUACGGAGGCAAGGUGCCUUUUCCUCGCCCAGGCGUGUGCCCCAGCAAGCUGACGGCACCCCCAGGACGGCCCUUUGGCGGCACCAAGGACUAUCCCGAUGAGGUGCUGCAGUUUGUCCGGGCACAUCCACUCAUGUUCCAGCCUGUGAGGCCUCACCACGGCCGCCCCAUCCUCGUCAAGACCCACCUGGCACAGCAGCUGCGGCAGAUCGUGGUGGACCGUGUGGAGGCCGAGGACGGGGUCUAUGACGUCAUCUUCCUGGGCACCGACUCAGGUUCUGUUCUCAAAGUCAUGGCCCUCCAGACAGUGGGCUCUGCCGAGCCUGAGGAGGUGGUGCUGGAGGAGCUGCAGGUGUUUAAGGUGCCAACACCCAUCACUGAGAUGGAGAUCUCCGUGAAAAGGCAAAUGCUCUACGUGGGCUCCAAGCUGGGUGUGGCCCAGCUGCGGCUGCACCAGUGUGAGACCUACGGCAGUGCCUGCGCCGAGUGCUGCCUGGCCCGAGACCCCUACUGCGCCUGGGACGGCGGCUCCUGCACCCGCUACCGGCCUGGCACCAGCAAGCGUCGGUUCCGCCGGCAGGACAUUCGGCACGGUAACCCUGCCCUGCAGUGCCCGGGCCAGGGCCUGGAAGAAGAUACUGCGAGGCACAUGGUGGCCACCAGGGUCUACGGCACAGAGAACAACAGCACCUUCUUGGAGUGCCAACCCAAGUCUCCCCAGGCUACCAUGCGCUGGUUCCUGCAGAAGCUGGGGGACCAGAGCCCGGACCAGGUGAAGACAGAUGAGAGAGUUGUGCAGACGGAACAGGGGCUGCUCUUCCGCCGGCUCAGCCGCCAUGACGCGGGCACCUACUCCUGCACCACGCUGGAGCAUGGCUUCUCCCAGACAGUCGUCCGCCUGGCCCUGGAAGUGAUCUCAGCCGCGCAGCUGGACAACCUGUUUCCACGGGAGCCCCCAACUCGGGCUGGCCUGGCCUCCACCCCACCCAAGGCCUGGUACAAGGAUUUUCUGCAGCUCAUUGGCUUUGCCAACUUGCCCCGGGUGGAUGAGUACUGUGAGCGUGUGUGGUGCCGGGGUGCUGGGGAGCGCUCGGGGACCUCCCGCCGGGGCAAGUCAAGCAAGGGCAAGAGCUGGGCAGGGCUGGAGCUGGGCAAGAAGGUCAAGAGCUGGGCACAGGCCGAGCGCAACAGGACACCCCGGGAAGUGGAGGCCACGUAG